UCCGCCUUCGUCCAUUUCUUGGUAGAACCCUCCAUUGUUGCAGACCCUCUAGGAAGUAUUGGUACAAGAUGAUGGACUUAGGUAGCCAUGGUAACAAUGCCAACGUAACGCUGGUCAAGCUCAACCUGGAGGGAUUCGAUGAUGAAGCCUCAAAGGAGGGGAUAGCCGUGGAACCGUCGUUUUCCUCUGCAGAUAACAGUUUGGUUCUACCCCCCACUAUGUCUGAUCUCCCCACAGUAGGACUUCAACCAACUUCAGAAGUGGAUGGUUCAACCCCUACAGAGGUGAGCCAAGGUCAAGGUCAAAUUGACAUCACAGAGAAGAAGAAAGGGGGCUGGCCUAAAGGAAAGAAGAGGAAGAAGAUGAGAGAUUCUAACGCUCCGAAGCCUGCACUGAACGGCUAUCUACACUUCCUUAACGAGCGUCGAGAGAUCCUACGACGAGAAAAUCCCACCAUGGCCUUCGCUGAAAUGAUCCGAGUGUUAGGCGCAGAGUGGACAAAGUUACCCCAGCACAAGAAACAGAGAUUCUUAGAUGAGGCAGAGAAAGACAAGGAACGUUAUAACCGAGAGAUGGAAGCGUACCAGAAAACAGAGGCCUACAAACUGUUUAAAUCCCAGAAGGAGAAGAAAAUGAGAGAAAUGGAAGCCCAAGGCAGUUCAUUAGAGUUGAUGGGAGAGAGAGAUGAAGAUGACAAGGGGGCGUUUGACAUUCCUAUCUUUACUGAGGAAUUCUUAGACCACAAUAAAGUGAGAGAGGGAGAGCUGAGACAGAUGAGAAAACAGACCACAGAGUUAGAAGAACAAAACGCCAUCCUGAGUAAACACAUAGAAAGUAUGAAACACGCCAUAGAGAAGUUAGAGAUAGAGGCAGUACAACAACGCAGUACCAACAUGGCACUACAGGGUCAUCUUGAUACCCUGAGAGUGACUCUAACUAACAGCUUUAGUACUGUACCAUUACCAGGAACAAAUGAAUGCCCCUCGCUGGACACAAUAGACAACUACAUGGCAAAGCUACACAACCUGAUCUUGGAUUCUCCACAGGAACACGAGGGACUGAUAUCUAUGGUGAGGGAUGUUAUAGGGAGGCUAAAUAUAGACGGAGACAAGAUCUGAUGUUAACAAAUCAUGGGAGUGAGAAUGUUUAUCCACCAGGCAGAUACAAGGCAUCAAGACCUUUGUGAUGAUCAUAAUGAUAAAGAGCAAUUGUGAAUAAUUAUACAAACAGAAAUACCUUGCAUGCAUUGGAAAUACCUUGUAUUUUAAUCUGUCUAUACAGACACUUUGCCAAGAGAUUAUAAUAUCUAUCCCCUGCCUUGAAAGUUGUAAGCUCCGUAGCUCUGUUAUUACAUUUUUGGUUUGUGUAAGAAAAUAUGAUUCAGAAUUACACUUAAUGAAAGAUUAAAAUAAUAAGUGAAUAAAAUUUAAACCCAGGAAUCGAAUUUUGCUAUAUAGAUAUAAAUUGAAUACAUAUACCGUAUAAUCCCUAUUAACCGGCUCGGCUGCUUAGAAAAUUGCGAAAAGAGGGCUGUUGUUUUGGUAUUCUCUUUAUGAUAUUUAAUGAAAUAUUUUAACUUUAAAAAAUCUUUUGAAAAAAAAAAUAUGAAUAAAAAGAACCACUAAAAUAAUUUCUAGCUUUUCUUAAUUAAAGUGAGGAUUAUCCACCCAAAUUAGGCUAAUUCAGUCAUUUUCCAUUGAGAAAUCGGAUAAAAGACAAGAUUUAUUUUCAC